UUUAAGGUUCACGUUGUGAAAGAUCAUGAUAUGAAGGAAAGGCUUUGUUUGGAGGUGGAAAGGUUGGGUUUGAGUGCUGUGAUUAUGGGGAGUAGAGGGUUUGGAGCUGCGAAGAGGACUGCAAAAGGGAGGUUGGGAAGUGUGAGCGAUUAUUGUGUUCAUCACUGUGUUUGUCCUGUGAUUGUUGUGAGGUUUCCUGGAGAAGAGAAAGAGACAGAUGGCUGUGGAAAAGUUGAAGGGAAAAUUGGGUUGGAUAAAGAUGGAGAAGUUUUAUGUCCUUUAGUGGAGGAAGAGGAACAGGAGUCCCAGGAUGCCAUGGAUAAACACUCAGCAGGUUGCACCUGAGUGCCAUACCUGUCAUAUCGAUGCACUGCUGUUGUGUUCUGAUGAUGGCUGAAGGUCAUUUGCUUCAUAAUUCAUUUAGCUUGGUGAUUAACCUAGGGUACAAAUUUGAUUUAGCUCUCCCAUGUCGAUGCAUUCUUUAUAACUUGUCGUAGUUCCUUAAAUCCUUUUAAUUCAAAGAUGUGCAUCCUAGUCAAAGUAGUAAAUUCCUUUUCCUGGGUCAAUUUUUGGUGUUUUAUUGCAUAAAAAAGAAGAACAAUGACAUCCUGAAAUUUCUAACUUUUUAGUUCUGCUCUGUUUCGGUUAAGUUGACAGUUUCUCGCUGUCUGUUGUUUGCACGAAAUACUGUAUUUGUUUGGUGCCUCACAUGCAAAAUAAAUGCUCUUGUUAACCGUAAUAUUUAAAGCAGAUUCCUAUUCAGUGUUUGCUUUCUCGCUCUCUCUCUCUCUGUCUCUGUUGAUUAAAUCUUCUUCCAACCAUAACUGAUCAGUGACCCUUUCUAAGGACUAGUUCAUGAUUUUGGGUUUACAUCCAUUAAAAUCGUAGGGGUUUAAGACCUUUAUCUGUUCUACCAUUAAAUUGGUACAUGUCAGCAUCGUUCAUCUAGCAUACGGAUGUAUGGAAGGCCUACAUCAAUUUUUCCAGUUUAAAGAUUGUGUCAGGGGCAGGAAGAGCUCUGCCUGAUAGAACAAACUUCUUUACAGGCCAGCAUCCCUUGAGAAUUCCAAUGUUCUUUUGCACCACUAGUGGGGUUGGUGGGUCUCUGGGUGGAUCUUCCUUGAAUUUAUCUGUGCUAAUAGAUAAAUAGGAUUCACCCUCCAGUGCGGUACCUUAAACCUACUGUCCAUGUAUUUAUUUUUCUGAAUGAUUCACUCUGCAGUCUGCAGUGCCUUACCUUAAAUCUCCUUACGAAAACAAACGAAUGAACAAAAAAGAGACAUUCUUUUCUUCCAUUGUGUUCCUAAUUGAAAUGAAGAUCUAAAACUAGUUUAUUCUUUAUUUUGUUUAGCCAAAUAUUUCCUAAGUUUGUUAGUUGCAAAAGGGCAAAUGGUGCACUUAUGGUAGUCAAGUGAAAUUAUAACUCGCAUUUCCGUGGAAUAGUUGCCUAUCGAAGUUUAUGUUUACAUUUGUCCCUCUUUUGUUACAGUUAUUACUUUCGUUGGUAUUACCUCAUAUAUAACCUUUGUGUAUCUCUUUCUGGUAACUUCUGCUGUGCAUCACACCCGAACUAUGUCCUGGGCAUCACAAAUGAGUUGUGCUCUUGGUAGCCUUUUAUUUGGGUAGUUUGUUGUUGUAGAAACUGAAGAUUUAGGAUGACAAAGCAAGAUAUUGGCUAUGAAUCUGAACUAGCACUGCAAUCUGGGGUUUUAUGAUGUUCCAUAUUGCCUGUAAAUUCUGAUGGCUUCAUAUGGAGGGAAUACUAGACUACUUUUGUUUUGAUAGAAGUUGUGGCAUGUUUCCCUGGCAAACCUGGAUCUACUACAAGGUUGUUCCAAAUCAAUGUUCCUGUUAGAUCUGGUUUUGGGGCAAUUUGGAGCUUUUGAUUGACCUUAAAAGCUAUCUUCAUGCAUAUAUGUAUCUACAACUUGUACGUCUUUGUGGUCAUCAAUAUGGUAAAUAUAACGCAACAAUUAGUCUGUCCAUUAAUAACUUAAUUGGUGGUGGGAUCUGAUGGAUCACCCUGAAAGUGUAUCCAAGAUACUCAUAGCUCUCCAAAACUAUGUAACAUAUUGUAUCUAGAAUAAAAUGAAACAUAUAAAAGAAGAUUGGUGUUAAUUUGAGGAGCCUUUUUCUCUAGAGUCUAGAAACAAUGUUAACUAAUGAAAUCGGAACUUGUUAAGUUCCAUUCAGCUUGAAACCUGAAGAAGUUAUUUCAGCCAAAUACUAGCAUUUGGCUGGUGGUUGAUCAGUCUGAUUAAAACGUGCAAAGAGUUUGAUGUUUUAUAGUGAUUUGAUCAGUCAAGUUUAGUUUAUUUUUUUCCAUGAACCGUUGUGUGCUUCAUAUGAUUUCUCUCUCUCCCUCUCCCUCUCCCUCUCCCUCUCCCUCUCUGCUAGGUGU